AUGGGGCUUAUGAUAGAGAAGCCAUCGCCAGAGAGGGGAAGCGAGAGAGAUAGAUAACGGAGGAGCAACCUUGUCUUCUCCGGCCCUUCCACGAUAAACCAGCACUUCAAAUCAAACCAGCCACCAUUACCAACCUUGUAGGACCCCUUCAGAUUGCCAAAACAUAAAAACGGGUCAGGAAACGAGGAGAGCAUAGUAGUUGGCUGCCACUGUCGAUUCCGGCGGUCUGGACUCGCUCCACCAAGGUGGCAAUAUCUAUAUGGAACUUUCUUUUUAAUCGAAGUUGUCUCGGCUGAUUCCUUUUCAACCAAAAGUUUACUGUUCGCAUUCUUUUAGAGCUUUCUGAAUCAGUGUAGAUUCAAAUUAUCAACAUGGCUUGGAUUUUAUACCGAUCCAAGCUUAAGCUUCUAUCACAUCAGUUCCAGAGAUGUUAUGUUCAAACUCCGUAUGCCUCUUUGCUUAAUUACACUGCUAAAAGCUCAAAAUCAUGCUCAUCAGAGCAUCCAAUUUGGGACAAUUGUAAGAGGCCUAUUUGUAAGAGGCCCACAGAUUUUUUCAACAAUGUUAGGUUUUUUGCUGCCCCAGUUCAGGUUAAGGCAAAGAAAGAAGAGAAGGACACUAGUGGGCCACGUUUAAAUGACAACAUCGAAGCUCAGUUUGUCAGGCUGGUAGAUGAUGAAGGGCAUAGUGUUGUCUCGCUGCAUGAAGCACUGGAACAAGCGAGGAAACUCAAACUUGACUUAGUUGAGGUUAAUAGACAUGCUGAUCCACCUGUCUGUAAAAUCAUGGACUUUCACAAGGAGCAGUACAAACGACAUUUGAAGGAAAAGGACCGUGCUAAAAGCAAGUCUGAGAUGACGUUAAAGACGGGUGAUUGCAAAGAAAUCCGAUUUUCUGAGAAAACUGAACAAAAAGACUUAAAAAUGAAAGCAGAUACAGUAUUAAGGUUAAUACAGCGUGGUUAUCGAGUAAAGUGUAUGGUCUUAUGUUCAUCGAAGAAGGGCUCUGGUAGAAAGGGUUCUGGUGAUGAAGAUCUAACUGAAGAGGAAAUAGCUGAGAGGAAAAGACAAGAAGAAGAAGAGGAAAAGGAAUUAAAAGCACUGUUAUCUCGUCUCACUGCUUUGAUUGAAGAUGAAUUUGUUGUGGAGACUGGGCCAAGGGUGGAGAAAAGACAAGCAUUUUUGAUUGUUAGGCAUGCCAAGUUUGGGCCAUUGAAGAAGGGUAGUGCUAAAAAGUCGAAGGAUGCUGAAACGGUUGCCAUUGCAGAGCCAACCGCCACCCAUUCUAGUAUACAUUGUAGAGAGGAGAUUAAUAGUCCAUCAGAAGCAGAUUCCUCUCGGAGGAACUUAAAUAUUCCACACUUAUCACAUCCUAGCCCAGUAGAUGAUUCUAAACAAGCAGACAGACUUCCAUUAUCAACACAGCCAUCCCUUGAGACUGAAAACAGGUAUAGAAGAAGUGAAGCAGGGGAGCGGUUCCCACCCACGACAUCAAGGGAUAGUAGGGGCCCAGCUCAGACGGGCUCUUUUAGGGCUGGACCUGGAUUCUCACAUUUGGAUGGGCACACACGGCCAGGGAUAAAUGUCCCUUCUUCAAGGAGAGAAGGAAAUCCAACUCGGACUGAUUCCUCUGCUUUUGGAAACAUAAAGCUUCCUCGUGCUGACGAUACCAGAACCCAGUCAUCCAACUAUGGAAUAUUUAGCUCUUCAAAUGCAGCUACUCCCAGAAAACAAGGUGUAACAGCAGAAGUUAGUAACAACAAGGAAGGAAUCCCUUAUCAUUCUAGCAAAGAUCAAAACACAGGAGGGUUUGCAGCAGAUCCUAGGUUCUCAACCUCAAAACCUGAUGGUGACCGAUGGCCAGGCAAUGAUGGCAGUGGACAAGGGAGAUGGGGGAUAUUCAGUAGGGAUGGCUCAAAUAUAAACCCAAAUAGAAUACCCAAGUGAUGUUAGCUUUUUCCUUUUCUUAGUUAGAUUGGUAUUACAUAGCAGCCUCUGAUCUUAAGGCUGCAGAUUUUUUUCUGAUGCAUCUGGCAGAAUCAAUUAUUUAUUCGUUUGCUCAAGUAGCAAAUACGGGGAGGUAUGUUGUAGACAACAACUAAUUCAGUUCAUAAAUGUCCUCAACUUUGUUAUCCAAACUUAUUUUUAAAAUAAUUUGAGACUUCAAUUUAGAUUCUAA